AUGGCCAGCCGGCGCCUCCCUGCCGACCUCGCCUGGGCCCGGCUGGCGCAGUGCCGCGCGCGUCGCGGAAGCCUCCUCGCCAGACGCCGUCCCCAAAGCGCGCUGCUUUUCAGCGUCUCGCUUGGCGCGCAGAGCGGGCCUGGCCGCGGUCGGCGCGGGGCGCAAGGCGGCGUCGGCCGGGGACUCGGCGUGGCUACCCACCUCCGGGAGAGUGUCUCUGGCCCAGCUGAGGGUGGCAGCCCCGCCUCACAGACACACCCCGAGCUGUCGCCACUGACAGCUGGCCUGGCCUGGGACUGCUACUUCGGGGACACCCCACAACCACCAGCCCAGCCUGGCUCCCUUUGCCCCGAGUGUGCCCUGUUAGGGACCCAGGCGAGCAUCCAGGACCCAGUCUUCAGCUCCAGGGCCCUGCGUGCCCCAGCGGCCCGAGGGAGGAGGCGCCGGACCCCCGCCCAGCACGUGGCACCACCCCAGGAACAGUCAGAGCCUGGCUGCGGGCCGGGGGCCGGCUGGGUGGUCCCCCACGGGCUGCGUGGCGGGGCCACCCGCUCCAGCCCCCUCCCGCCAGCACAUUCCUGGCUCCGCGGCCCCUCCCCCGGCUUCAGGGCCUCCCAGCCCCCUCCCCCGCUGGCCCGGCCAGCGUCUGAAUCUGCUUCUGAUUCCGGCUCUGCCGACGCGGCCCCCUCCUCUCCCCUCCCUCCUUCCCGGCCGAGCAGCCCCGCCCCCGGCUGGGCCCAGGCUGGAGCCCGCUGCGCCCCCCACCCCCUCUUGGCACAGCUCGCCCGCCCUCGCUGCAGCCGGGAGGAGGCGGCGGCCCGGGCGCCCCAGGCCCCGCCCGCCCGCGGCCCGUCCCGGGAGGCCGGGAGACCUGCUCGACCCGGCCCUCGGUGGGCCCCGCGGGAGGACUCGCGGGCGUCCCCGCUGCUCUGCUCGGCCCGGAGCGUGCCCGCAGCGGCGCCCACCUCUGGGCCCCGAUUGGGGCCGCCCGGGGGCUCUGGUGGCUCGGCACCCCGGGCCAACGGGCAGAGCCUCGGACCGGGCUCUCUCUCUCCCGAGGGCAGCGACGUGGGGCCCCGGCCGGCCGGCUGA